AUGGAUGCACAAAGUCUGCUGGCGGUGAUCCUUGUGCUGGCAUCAACAGUGACAGACAUCCACACCAAGACAGUGAUAUUCUUCCCUCCCCCACAUACCAGUUACAUCGUCUACCACACAAAUGUGGCUGGAGCUCUGGCCAGCCUGGGCCAUGACGUGUGGCUGUGUGUGCCAGAGGCUCAAUUGAUUAAAAACCGGGUCAAGGAUAAGACUGUCAACGUUUUGUCCUACGGGAAGGAUUUGGGAGACAUUGAGAAACAGGUCUACGAAAGCACUAGGAUUGUGGAAAAGUUCUGGGAGAGGCAACCAAACCAGGGUUUUUAUGCCAUGUAUCCCGUCUCUCGGAUACUGCUAAAAAUGGUAAAUUUUCUUCUUGCUGACAAAACGUUUCUAGACAAAGUGAGAAAUUUGAAGCCGGAUCUGAUUGUCCUGGAGUCUGUCCCAUUCAACAUGAACAUGGUGGUACUGCCGUAUAUGCUGGACAUCCCCUUUGCAUUUAUUGGAACGGCUCAUGAAGCGAUCAUGUCAAAGGUCCCAUUCAGUCCCGCAGUCACGCCAUAUUUCAUUGACUUUAUCAGUGAUCGAAUGACAUUCUUUCAGAGAGUUUACUUUACACUCUAUUACCUGGUAUCUAUGAAUUUUGACAUAUGCCACGACAGCAGCUUAGUGUCAAAGUUUGCUCCACAUAAACCAUACAAGUCCAUCUAUGAUAUUGCGGCCAAUGCUGAGAUUUUCAUUGCAGAAGUUGACCACAUACUGGACUACCCACGGACAAUGCUGCCCAACACAAAACUGAUUGGUGGAUCUUCUGCUUCUCCUGCAAAACCAUUGGUUGGGGAGUUCCAGAAGUUUGUGGAUGAAGCUACAACUGGUAUCAUCGUCAUGUCUUUUGGCGGUUCUGUAGUUAACUUGCCUCCUGAAAUCUCUAGCAAGAUCGUUUCUGCUUUCAAACAACUGGAUCUUAGAGUUGUGUGGAAGAUAAACAUAACUUCACCUGACCCCAAACGAAUCAUGACCUCCUUGUGGAUCCCCCAGAAUGAUCUUCUGGGACACCAGAAAGCCAAACUGUUUGUGUCCCACUGUGGCAAGAAUGGACAGUAUGAGGCCCUCUACCAUGGGGUGCCCAUUCUCUGUCUGCCCAUAUAUGGAGAUCAAGGUUACAACUCAGAAAGAGUCCGCGUCAAACAGCUGGGACUCUAUGCUGACAUGCAAAUCAUUUAUGGGGGGAAAUUUACAGAAAAUAUGAAAAAAGCUUCUAAACUAUAUAAGGAGUUGUACAAAGUUCCCAAACAUGAAGCUGCGUACUGGCUGGACCAUGUGAUUAAAUAUGGUGGAGACUACAUGAGGUCACCGGGUCAACAGAUGCCUUGGUAUCAGCUCCUAGUGUUAGAUGUGAUUGCCUGUCUUGUCCUUGGUCCUUGUUGUCAUCUUGUUGACAUUUUAUUGCCCUUUAUCAAGAUUGCUAUAGGUUGUACAAGGGAAAACUCCCAGCGGACGGAAAGUCAAAACAAAACGUAA